UUUUGGGGCGUAACUUUACAGUGUUUGUGUUUUUCAGAGCGAACAGUGUACAGUGCAGCCAUUUCUCUCCUCGGAGUCUCCCUGUUCUUUAGCAUUGCUGAAGCUCAGUACUUCUGUCUGGCAGUGCGCACUUAGGAAUAACUCCGAGUUCACGUAGAUCUCUCUAGAAGCUCCUCGGCUGGUUCUCCUGCCAGCUGAACCUCGUCGGGAUGGACCCAGCAAGCCGUUACCAAGUGUUGCACAAUGAGGACGACUCUUCAGAGGCGUCUACCAGCGAGCAGCAGCCGUGCACGUCCGCAGCAGCAGUAGCAGCAGCAGCAGCAGCCACACAGGCUGGCGCGUGCAGCCAGGACCAGAGCGAGGCCCAAGCUCAGGCCUGCGCUGCUCCUGCCCUCGCAGCAGGAGAGCCGUCAUGUUCGAGGAUUCAGGGGGAAACUGACGCACCUCCGCCCCCCUACGCUUUUAUCGACCUGGGAGCGACUGCUGCAUCGCCUGAGUCUAGUUUCCAACCCGACUUCCCAGUGCCUCCUCCCUACAGCGUUGCAACCUCACUGCCCACAUAUGAUGAAGCAGAGAAGGCCAAAGCGGCUGCCAUGGCUGCCUCGACUGUGGAGGUGAUGCCUCGGGACGAUGAAUUCCCACCCAGAGAUGAUUUCAGUGACGCUGAUCAGCUACGAGUUGGGAAUGAUGGGAUCUUCAUGUUGGCCUUUUUCAUGGCCUUCCUGUUCAACUGGAUCGGGUUCUGCUUGUCCUUCUGUCUGACCAACACCAUCGCCGGACGAUACGGAGCCAUCUGCGGCUUCGGCCUCUCCCUCAUCAAGUGGAUCCUCAUCGUCAGGUUCUCGGACUACUUCACCGGAUACUUCAAUGGUCAAUACUGGCUCUGGUGGAUCUUCCUGCUGCUGGGCCUGCUGCUCUUCUUCAGGGGAUUCGUGAACUACCUUAAAGUCCGCAACAUGUCCGAGAAUAUGGCCACCUCCCACAGAACACGCCUCUUCUUCCUCUACUAAAAGUUUCUUUACCGUCGCCAUUCCUUUCCAAUGUGAAGUUCCUUCCCUCCCCCUCGAAUGACCUGACCGAGGAGCCUUGCAGUGAAGAGAGGAGACAGGGGAAGGAAUGAAGGAAAGACGUAGGAAGCAAAGCAGUCUCAUUAAAAACAUAACAAGACUCACAAAAAAACCGAGCCCCAAACAGGUCUUUGAUGAUCAGAUCUCCUCCCCGGCUUUGUUUUCGUGUGUUUUCAUUUCCCUUUGAUUCAAAGCUCUCAACAAAGUCUGUUCCACCAAACACUCACAAAUGUGUCUCCCAAGAGUCCUUUAAAGGCGUCUAACCUUCAGCCGACCCUCAGUUUGAAGAUCCAAAAAGCAGAAUUAUUUUAAGACGGCGACACAGGAAAUAAAAGCACAACUGAACGAUGAAUGAAAUCCUAUUGGAAGUGGAACCGGGACUUUUGGGGACCUGGAUCAAACACGGGUCCCCAAACUAAACGCAGCUUAUUCGCCCUCGUUUUGCCAUUCCGCCUUUCUGUUUCAGGGCGUUCCGAACGAGUCUUACUUCCUGUGUGAUGUGGCGUUUUGAAAACAGGCAUCCACCCUAAAAAAAAUUGGAAACUGCAAUUUGAAGGAUGCCCACCUGGGGGGGGGAAAGCACGCGCGUACACGCACAGGUCAGUUUACAUAUCACAGAUCCUGAUGCAUUGUAGUGCUUUUAAAGCAAACUCGACCUUUGUUCCUGAAAGACGAAACGAGAAUUUAGUUCCACUUUUCAUCUUUCUGUUACAACUUCUUCGUUCGCUAAGCCCCGCUAGCGCCGGACUUUUAACGUCUUUAAAACCUCCGAGCUUUUGAACAAAACAAAUUCCACCAGAUCCCGUGUCCGGUCCUGUCUCUGACCCGUCAGAUGUGUUAACUUCCACUGGAUCCACUCCGUUGCGAUCAGACACGCGAGACUUCUGUGUUUGCCGGAUGAUGCAGCACGACGCAUCAAUCUCAACAGAGCACAUGGAGCGGGACAGGAAGUCAGACGCCACAACAAUAUGACAACAUCCGGUUAAUUUUCAGAAUAAAACACCAGAUCGUAUUUCACUUAAAUACAACAACAAACAGUCAUGAUGAGCAGAGCCAGGCCUGGAGUCAACAGGUCAGAGGUUUUCAGAGGACUAGAAAGACAACAUGGAUGAGGAGGAGGAGGAGAAUCCUUGAUUCAGUGAAAACCUCAGGUCACAUGACUCCAGCUUGUCCGGCGGUCCUGCUCGACACGGAUCUGGUGGAAUCAUUGCGAGAAACUAAAAACAGGCUCAAGCUCCAAAAUGUGCACAAGAGGAUCUCCCUCCAAACGCACUUCUCUCGACUCACCUGUAAGCCAUUCGGACGUUUGAACCUAUGCACGGCGCAAUUUGAGAUUUCGCACGCAUCAAAAGCAAAUACAACAACAAACCAGAAUCAGUAUGUAUCUCAAUCUGGGGCUCAGUUCUUUCCUGUAAACAUGUAACAACAGUCUCUUCUUUCCCAUCUCUGCUUUGUUUCAGGCAAAACAGCAUCUGUAAGCUAAAGAGGAGCUUUUCAGUAAUCGCUCCUUGAAUAAUCAGUGUUUUGUUUCUUUUUAAAGGCCGCUUCAGAGAUAAGUGGCCCUGAGCUUGGACUGUGGAAGAGCUUAGCCUCUUGUGCUUUGGAAUUGGAUCAGCAUUUAACAUGCAUUGCAGUAGGUAGGUAGGUAGGCCAACUCGAGUGAUGCUCCACAGAGAGUCAUAUGCAAUUGAGGUAUUCGUGUCGACCUCCCAUGGUAGAGCUUAGACCUGCUCCCAUGUUCAGGUCAAGCAGUGUUUGUGUUUACUUCACUCACUUGCCAACGGAAGCGUUUUAAAUCAACCAGAGAAAAAUGCAACGCAAUAAAACCAAUGAAAAACGUGAGCGGUCAUGCAUGUGGUGCAUGAUUUAGAGAACCCCCCGACUUGUACCUCCUCUCUGGGAUUUUCUGAUUAGACUAGAUUAAAAUUCCUAAGGCUGGUGUUUGAUGAAGUCCCUUGACUGAGCAGCGACGACGUCAGGGGGCCACACUGACGGUCCAGCAUGAGGGUCUUCGAGCUCGUACCCCCUUGAGAAUGGAGCCUAAACUGGACAAAGAUAGACGUUUUUAUUUUAGUUUUUUAACUGUCAUCUAGAAAAUGAAAUGUAAAUACCAGCUUAUGCCAAUUCAUAAUAUUUGCACUUUGAAGAAUUUCUGUACAGUAUGAUUCGUGGAUCUGCUUCACUUGGCGUGACGGGGGGAGAGAAAAACGUUAUCUUAGCCAUCCAAGUUCUUAACUGGAAUUCUUAAUCAUCCCAAAUGGAGAAAUUGCCUUUGCACUUUUUAUUUUUCAAAUUGAUAAUAUUGUUAUUGUGUGUCUAUUUACAUCACUUUUAGCCUGAACUGUGACCGCUGCAGUAUCGCUCUUUCUCUUUCUCCUUCUUUUUUUUUUAUGCUUUUCGUUCUCCUAAGCCUCUUUCAGCAAUAUCAUGAUCUUCUGACAAAUUAAAGCUCUGCUGCAUGAUUUGUCCACCUGAAUGAGUGGGGUAAAAUUAGGAUUAAUCAAGUACUAGUACGUUUCUUUGUUUGUAAAUAAAUGAAAACAAAAAACCAGACAGCAGCCAAAGUAUUUUUUUUUUUUUGUUUUGUCUGAGGUAAUCCUUGUAACAUCCUAUGAAACAGUUGUUAUGCAUUUAUUGUAACUGGAAUUCAGUGGACAGAAUGUCUUGCAAAAUGCCAAUAAAAUUAAAAAGCCUGCCAGUUAA